CGGGGCCGCGGACCGAGCGCUCGCUCCAGUCAUAGCCCCCGCGUGUGUGCGAAGCCCCGUCCCUGCCCAUGGGGCUGAGUGUGACCCGGGCGGUGCUUGGAGUCCCUAGGCAGCCCGCGGAGUUGCCCCGUUCAUCUCUCUCACUGUGACGUUUCUCUGAAACCUCAUGGCAUUGACCAUUUCGCUGCUGAGAGCUUUAGUAAAACCACUCAGCGAUUGGACUUACCACACACUCCUAAAACGCCUGUCGAGGUGCCUAAAACCUACCCAGCUGCCAAAACCUCCAGCUUCACCUGACAACUUCUGUGAUCCGUUGCCAGCACAAAACGCGGUGGCACAUUAUGAACCCUGAAAAUGUGAGGCCAGUGAAGUGAGUGCAAUACAUUCCCCGUCAUGGUGGGCGAGAGGAGGAAUGGAAACCUGCUCGUGCACCUGGGGCCCAAGCUGCAGGCCCACCCCGAGGAGCUGAUCCGGCAGCGCCGGGGCCACGAUGGCCACACCGAGUACCUGAUUCGCUGGAGCAUCCUCAGCUUGGAGGAGGGCCCAGGGAGCAGCACCAAUGCCUCUUCGGCAGAGAGCAAAGCGGAGAACAUCCUGAUGUGGAUGUCGGCAGAGGAGGUUUAUGCCAACUGCCCGACGCUGCUGGGCAAGAGGAAGCCCGAGGGGCAGCGGGUGAAGGAGGAGAAGGCGCCCAGCACGUUCCCUCCGGACGUCACGCUGGACGAGGCCUCGCUGCUGGAGAUGAAGGCUGACGUCAGGAACCUGGUGCAACGGGCUAGCCGGCAGAUGGCCGGGCCCACGGGCCCAGAGUCCUCCAUCCUCAACACCAUCCACGUGCUGAGCGCCUACGCCAGCAUUGGCUCGCUGACGGGCGUCUUCAAGGAGACCGGGGCUCUGGACCUGCUGAUGAAGAUGCUGUGUAAUGAGGAGAAGCAAAUCCGCCGCAGCGCCGGCAAGAUGCUGAGGGCCCUGGCUUCACACGACGCAGGGAGUCGGGCCUACGUUCUCCUGUCCCUGAGCCAGCAGGACGGCAUUGAGCAGCACAUGGACUUCGACAGUCGUUACACCCUCCUGGAGCUGUUUGCAGAGACCACGUCCUCCGAAGAGCACUGCAUGUCCUUCGAGGGGAUCCACCUGCCCCAGAUCCCCGGGAAGCUGCUGUUCUCGCUGGUGAAGCGCUAUCUGUGCGUCACCUCUCUCGUGGACAAGCUCAACAGCAGCACGGAGCUGGGCGGGGAGCGGCAGGACUGCGCCGUGCCCUGCGCUCACGUCGGGGAGAGGAGCCGCCUGCAGCGGGAGUUCGAGUUCAGCAUGGCCAUGGCCAAUCUCAUCUCCGAGCUGGUGCGGGUGAUGGGCUGGGACCGCAGCCAGAGGAUGGAGCUGCUGUCCCUGCAGGAGGGGCAGCCGCGGGUCGUCCGCUCCAUCUUCCAGCCCAAGGCUCCCGCCUGCGCCGCCGUCCAGGUGCCUCUGGUCACACCAAAGCCCUCGCCGCGCAAAAAGCAGGGCCCCGGGUUCCUGACUUUGUCCGACUUUGCCAGGCGCAGCAGCUACGUGGAGUAUGUGCAGGAGACCCUCAAGCCAGGGAUGAUGGUGCGCAUGCUGGAGGACUACGAGGAGAUCAGCGCUGGGGACGAGGGCGAGUUCCGCCAGAGCAAUAACGGCAUGCCCCCCGUGCAGGUUUUGUGGCAGUCUACAGGCCGGACUUACUGGGUGCACUGGCACAUGGUGGAGAUUACUGGCGCUGGAGAGCAGCCUGAAGAAGAAGCUGCCCAGGAAAAGGUAUCCAGUCUGACGGAGAACUUGACACUAACCACAGUGACCCAGACGUUUUACUGCAAGCCCCUUGGGGGGCUGUACUCCCUGCCCUACCUGAUGGACCGGCUGAGCGAGGACUCCGAGGCCCUGAGCUGGGCCGAGUGGUGGGAGCUGCUCUUCUUCGUGAAGAAGCUAGACCCACAUGAGCAGCAGGAGGUCGCCCAGCUCAUCCGGCAGUACCAGGAGGAGCAGCUGUCGGAGCUGGAUGAAGAAGCCCUGAUCCAGCUGUCGGUACCGGUGGAGCUGGCCCAGAAAGUGCUGCGGGUGCUGAGCAAGCAGUGCCAGGGCUGCACCCUGAGUGACCUGCACAGCUCCCAUGUCUACAGCAAGUACUUCCUCCGCCCAGCGGGGGUUCAGCCGGGCGGCCUGGGGCUGGACUCAGCCCCCUCGGAGUGCGCCGAAUCCCUGGUGUCCAAGAAACCAAAGAAAGACCCUCCCACCGCCAGAGUGCCUGCCCCCGCCCCGGCCCCCCCGGAGAAAUCCGACUGCCAGCUGUUCAGCGAGCUGCUGCGAGCGGAGGGGCUGCCCUGCCCGGAGAUGGCGGAGGAGAAAGCCAAGGUGUUGUGCAGCGUGAAGGGGUCGGGGAAGAAGAGCUCGUUGGAGAGGAUUGCAGAGGUGGUGGAACUGAUCCAGAGGUCCAGCUCCGAGGUGGGGCUGCAGCUGGCUGGGCUCCGGUUCAUUAUCAAGACCCUGGAGGAGGAGGCCGGGCGAGAGCGGCAGGUCAUCAAACCCGAGGGGGGACUCACCAUCAGGGAGAAGCUGGUGAAGAUGCUGGUGGAGCUGCUGACCAACCAGGUGAAGGAGAAGCUGCUGGUGGUGCUGGCGCUCCGCCUGCUCUGCGUGCUGAUGGCCAAGUACGACUGGCGCGUGCUCUUUGCCACGGAGGGCGGGGUGCGUGCCGUGCUGGCCUGCAUGCAGGAGUACGCCCCCUCGGCGCUGGUCCAGCAGGCCGGCCUGGCGGCUCUGAAGGUGCUGGUGGGCGCCGGGACCUGCGAGCUGGUGGGUGCCAGCGAGAAGCCCUAUCCCCUGAACCACGCCGAUGCCCCGAUGAUGUGGGAGAUCUUCGCCAGCAUCGGCUCCGCCUCCAGCAAGGACUCGGACAGCCUGCUCUGCGCCCUGCCUGCCGCCAUCCGCACCAUGCAGGGCACCGCUGGGGCCUCGUCGGCCGUGCAGAACGGCCUGCUGGUGGCCGGCCUGCUGAUCGACAGCCACCGGGGCCUGGCCGAGCAGCUGGUGAGCUGUGACCUCCCCUCGGCCCUGCAGAGCUGCUGCCAGGGGGGCCAGGGCCACGCCAACGAGACGCUGGCCCAGAUCGCGCUCAGCCGCCUGGCGGAGCACAAGCUCCCCGUGAACCUGGACACGGCAGAGGCGGGCUCAGCCCUGGAGCUGAAGGACGUGGACGUGCAGACGCUGCUGGGCCGCCUGCAGGAGGGCAGCCUCUCCAAGGAGCUGGUGCUGGCCCUGGAACGCUGCGUCUGCGACGAGGCCGGGCCCGAGAGCGAGGGGGCCGCGGCCCUGCGGGACCCCCAGCACUUCCUGCUGCUGCUGCGCAGCCUGGAGCAGCUGGGGGCCGAGAAGGCCGUGCAGCUGGGGACCCUCCGGAUUUUGAACAAGCUCCUGGACAGUUACCAGGAGGAGGCGCUGCCCUGGCACGAGAGCAUCGAGCCCUGUCUGUCCUCCAUGAGCGCCCCCAGCACCGAGCGGGAGGCCGUGCAGGAGUUCGUUCGCUUCCUCCACCGCCUGGCCACCACCACCAAGGACUGUGCCGUGGUGAUGUGCCGCCUGGGCACCAAGGAGGCCCUGUCCAAAGCCCUGGACAAGCACAACUCCAACCUGCUGCUGGGGUCGGAGCUGCGGGACCUGGUGAGCGACUGUGAGAAAUACGCCAGCCUCUAUCAGAAGCUGACCACCAGCAUCCUGGCCGGCUGCAUCCAGAUGGUGCUGGGUCAGAUUGAGGAGCAUAGACGGAGUCACCAGCCCAUCAACAUCCCCUUCUUCGACGUCUUCCUGCGCAACCUCUGCCAGGGCUCCAGCGUGGAAGUGAAGGAGGACAAGUGCUGGGAGAAGCUGGAGGUUUCCUCGAACUCCCACCGAGCCAACAAGCUGACGGACAGGAACCCCAAGACCUACUGGGAGUCCAACGGCAGCACCGGCUCGCACUACAUCAACAUCUACAUGCACCGCGGCGUGGUGGUCAGGCAGAUGAGCCUGCUGGUGGCCAGCGAGGAUUCCAGCUACAUGCCGGCCCGGAUCGUGGUCAUGGGAGGAGAGAACCCGGCCAGCAUCAGCACCGAGCUCAAUACGGUGAACGUCAUGCCCUCGGCCAGCAGAGUGAUCCUCCUGGAGAACCUGACCCGCUUCUGGCCCAUCAUCCAGAUCAAGAUCAAGCGCUGCCAGCAGGGUGGCAUUGACACGCGUGUGCGUGGCAUCGAGAUCCUGGGGCCCAAGCCCACCUUCUGGCCGAUCUUCAAGGAGCAGCUGUGCCGGCGCACGUACCUGUUCUACACCACCCAGGCGCACACGUGGUGCCAGGAGAUCGCGGACGAGCGCAUGCAGCUGCUGCAGCUCUUCAACCGGCUGAACUGUGCCCUGCGGCACGAGCAGGUGUUCGCCGAUCGCUUCCUUCCCGAUGACGAGGCGGCCCAGGCUCUGGGCAGGACCUGCUGGGAGGCCCUAAUCAAUCCCUUGGUGCAGAGCAUCACCAGCCCAGAUCCCAGCGGCGUCAGCCCCCUGGCCUGGCUCCUGAGCGAGUACCUGGAGAACCUGGAGACGGGCCGACGCGCCAAGAGCCGCGCCACCAUCUUCAACUCCCGCGUGCGGCGCCUGAGCCACCUGCUGGUGCACGUGGACCCCGGCAGCCCGGAGCCCGAGGAGCUGAGAGCCCCGGUCAAAGCCAACGGGAAGAACGGGAAGAACAAGGAGACGAGCUCUGGGGCCGCCAAGGUGUCGGGGAAGAAGCCCAGCAGCAUGACGGGGAUUACGCAGUGCUGGAGGGGCGUGGUGCAGCAGCAGGUGAAGCGGUUCCUGGAGUCGGCGUGGCAGGGGCCGGACUUCGUGGAGCGGUACUGCCGCCUCUACCUGGGCCUGCGCAGCGCCAUGGAGGAGCUGUUCGGGCAGCAGACGGCCUUCGCGCUGGCCCUGCGGCAGGGCUUCUCCGGGGGCCUGCUGCAGCUCUCCUUCCUGACGGCCAUGCACGUGAGCGAGCAGUUCGCUCGCUACAUCGACCAGCGGAUCCAGGAGAGCCAGACGGACGCGGCCAACGUGGAGUCGCUGCACCGGCUGCAGCGGAGCCUGGAGCCCAUCCUCUUCCUCUCCGGCCUGGAGCUCGCCAACACCUUCGAGCACUUCUACCGGUAUUACCUGGGCGACCGGCUCCUGGCCCAGGGGAACGUGUGGCUGGAACGGGCCGUCGUGGAGCAGAUCGGGCUCUGCUUCCCCAAUCGCUUCCCCCAGCAGAUGCUGAGGAGCCUGAGCGCGUCGGAGGAGCUGCAGCAGCAAUUCCACCUCUUCCAGCUGCAGCAGCUCGACAAGCGCCUGCUGGAGCUGGACGCGGGCCAGGAGGACGGGGCGAUGGAGGAGGAGCCGGCCGAGCCGGAGGAGGAGCCGGAGGUGAAGGUGCUGGCCCUGUCCCCACGCUGCUGGACCAUCUCCCCGCUCUGCUACCUGGAGGAUCCCAGCAGGUGUUUCCCGCGGCCCCUCGGGGGCUACUUGGCGCGGUUCGCCGACUUCUACACCAACAGUCAGAACCGGUUUGGCCUGGAGCACACGAAGCCGCGGCGCCUGCAGUGGACGUGGCUGGGCCACGCGGAGCUGCGGUUCGCGGGCAGCACCACCCUGCACGUCUCCACCCUGCAGAUGUACAUCCUGCUGGGCUUCAACAGCGCCCAGGAAGUUGCUGUGGAGACCCUGGCCCAGGCCACGGGGCUGUCUCCUGUCCUGCUGAGCCACGCGCUGAAACCUCUGACGGGCGAGGCCGGGAUCCUGACCCAGAGCCUGCCUCAGGGGGGCGUCCUGCGUCUGAACGAGGCGGCCCUGGCGCGGGCGGCCGGCCAGCGCCUGUGGCUGCUCCCCAAGCAGACGUACCUGAAUGUGGAGGAUGACGAGGGAAGCACCCUGGAGAGGAAGAGGAACAUCAUCUGCUGCCUCAUCAUCCAGAUCCUGAAAGGGGAGAAGGAGCUGCACAUCGAUAACCUGGUGUUCAGGGUGAUCGACGCCUGUCAGAAAUGGGAGUCUGGCCCCGCCCUGAAGUUCCUCAGCUUCUGCUGCAGCAGCACGGACGUGCUGUCCUGCACCCUGCACCUGCUGAGCCAGGGCUACCUGCGGCGCCAGGAGGACAACCCCCAGCUGCUGGAGUACGUCUCCACGGAGCCCACGACGCCUCACCGGGGCCAGGCCCAGGUCAUUUUCCGUAGCACAGAGUGCCCGAGGGGGCAGGACAAGGGCAGCAAGUUCUCCCCGUUCAGGCUGGAUGCCCGUGGAGUCGGCCCAGAGGCGGUCCUGAUGGAGACCCUGCUGCUGCCUAUGGGGCGCACCAUGAGUCAGGAGGAGGUGCAGGUGCUCAUGAACCAGACGGUGCAGCAGGUCCUGGACACCCUGAGUGUCUCCGCUGAUAGAGCCCAGCACCUGCUCAUUCACUGCAAGUGGAACGUGGACCUGCUCAUCGAGCGCUACACCGAGGAUCCUGAGCUGCUGCUGAUUUCCUCAGGGCUGCAAGUGCAGAACCCCCAGCCACCCCCGAGUCCCGUCACCCACUGUCCGGUGUGCGUGAGCCAGCUGUGCCCGGACGACAGCCCUCCCACCCUCUGCUGCAUGCACUACUGCUGCCAGUCCUGCUGGAAUAAAUAUCUGACGACUUGCAUCGAGCAGAACCUGGUUCAGAACUGCACCUGUCCCAUCCCUGACUGCCCUGCGCAGCCCACCACGGACUUCAUCCGCUCCAUCAUCUCCUCCCAGGAGGUCAUUGCCAAGUACGAGAAAGCUCUCCUGCGAGGCUACGUGGAGUGCUGCUCCAACCUGACCUGGUGCACUAACCCCCAGGGCUGCGAUCAGGUCCUUUGUAAGGAGGGACUCGGCUGCGGAGAGGCCUGCUCCAAGUGCUGCUGGAUAUCCUGCUUCAACUGCAAUUUCCCAGAGGCUCAUUACCCGGCCAGCUGCAGCCACAUGUCCCAGUGGAUGGAUGACGGCGGGUACUAUGAAGGGAUGACGGUGGAAGCCCAGAGCAAACACCUGGCCAAACUCAUCUCUAAGCGCUGCCCAAGUUGCCAGGCUCAGAUAGAGAAAAACGAGGGCUGUCUACACAUGACCUGUGCCAAAUGCAACCAUGGAUUUUGCUGGCGUUGUCUCAAGCCCUGGAAGCCAACGCACAAGGAUUAUUACAAUUGUUCUGCCAUGGUGAGCAAAGCCGCUCGGCAGGAGAAGCGUUUCCAGGACUACAAUGAGAGGUGCACUUUCCAUCAUCAAGCAAGGGAAUUUGCUAUGAACCUAAGAAACAGAGUUUCUGCCAUCAGCGAGGUGCCGCAGAUUCGAACCUUGACCUUUGUUGUGGAUGCCUGCAAAGUCCUGGAACAGGCCCGGAAGGUGCUGGCUUACUCCGCUGUCUACAGCUACUACAACCAGGACACCGAGAAGAUGGAUGUCAUGGAGCAGCAGACGGAGAACCUGGAGCUACACACCAAUGCUCUGCAGAUCCUUCUGGAGGAGACUCUGCUGCAGUGUCAAGACCUGGCCUCCUCCAUUCGGCUGCUCAAAGCUGAGCAUUUUAACACUGGCCUGGAGCUGGUGCGCAGGAUCCAGGAGCGGCUCCUCGCGAUCCUGCAGCACUCCACUCAGGAUUUCCGUGUCGGCUUCCAGGCCCGGCCAGGCUCCGACCAGAGGGAGAUGAAGUUGUCAAAUGUGCCUAAUGCAGCCCCACCUUACAAAGAGCUGAAGUUCGAUGGGGCGUCCGACUCCCCUGACACAGACGAGGGGGCCAAGGAGGAGGAGGAUGAGGAAGAUGAGGAGUAUGUCCCGGAGUGGCAGGAGGAGUAUGAUGAAGACCUUGAUGACGACAACUUUUCCUAUGACGACGAAUCGGAGAAUCUAGAGCGCGAUUCCUUCUUCUUUGAUGACGAGGAUGAAGCUUAUGACUAGAGGUGGCCCCCGUGCUGCUGAGCCCAUCGUAGAGCCUAACGUGACACCACCUCUCCUCUGCCAGCCAGCUCUGACACACACCGCCACUCCCUGCUCUGCCCCAGCCAUGCCGGGGGCCCCAGACACCAGCAGGGGCUGGUUGCUAGUUUCCAAUAAAAGGAAGUUUCCUUUUAGGGCUGGUUGCUCCGUGACUCUGUUGAACUUGCUUGGCCACUGUCCCUGGGCCCAGGUCCUGUUACCUGUGCUCCUGUUCCAGCACGUACCCUCAAGGCAUACGGCAGGCCCCAGUGGAUCUUGAAGGCCUGGCCCCUGGGGAGGGUGGACAGACCCAGUCGGGUGUGUGAAGGGAUGUGCUGUGUGCAGUGCCCCAUCCCUUCCCCAGUAAUAGCGUUCCCACCUGCCUGGCACGCCGGGAAAUAGCAUCUCCCAGCCCGGGGCAGGGGGGCGGAUCCCACACGCUGCCUCCUGGUGCCAGCAGUGCCUCUGGAAGUAACGUGCUGCCUCUGGCCCUGGGUGAACUCCCCGGUCACACUCGGUGCGUGAGAAUUUCACAGUGCGGGGCUGCUCCCGUCCGCUGCACUUCCAGAAUGGGGGCAGGCCCGGCCUGGCAGGGCAGUGCACACGGCAGCAGGGGGAGGUGGGGACGGUUCUCAAACUAAGUGUCCAAACUGGAGCCAAAGUGCCCCCUGGAGCUGGCUGGGGGCUGGGCGCGGCCACCCCGCCUCGGCCUGGCUGUGUGUGUGUUGGGCCUGAGGGGCGCGUUGUCUGUAACUGCAUUUUUGCUCAUUUACCAUUGGAGCUGUGGCCUUCUCUGGCAUGAAGAGGGGUCAUGCGGAAGGCCGUAUAGAUAGUAUAAAUAUAUAUAUAUGUGCAGGAGCUGUCAUUGUUCACAGAUUAUGCUUUAUCUUUCUGGAAAAGAAAAACCCUACAGAUACAACUUCCGUUUAUGAAAUAAACGGCUUUUCUUCUA